CAAGUGUUCCAAUCCCCUCCAUAUCAUGUGAUUCAGGUGCUCCAAUCCCCUCCCAAUCAUGUGAUUCAGGUGUUCCAUUCCCCUCCAUAUCAUGUGAUUCAGGUGCUCCAAUCCCCUCCCAAUCAUGUGAUUCAGGUGUUCCAUUCCCCUCCAUAUCAUGUGAUUCAGGUGCUCCAAUCCCCUCCCAAUCAUGUGAUUCAGGUGUUCCAAUCCCCUCCAUAUCAUGUGAUUCAGGUGCUCCAAUCCCCUCCAUAUCAUAGUCAAUAGCUAAAGACCUCCAAACUUGGUGUGGCCUUCAGAUGAGCCCAACAACAGUGCGUAGAGAGCUUCAUGGAAUGGGUUUCCAUGGC